AUGUUGCACUACGUUACUGACACUGUUAAAAGUAAGUCAUUUCUACAAUACUGUCAGUAACCUUUUUGUAUUUCAGAUUGGCAAAGAAAACGACGACUAUCGAAGUUCUACAAAGAUCAGAAUUCACUAUUAGAAGCUCACAAAGAGGACCAGCAGACGUUCACUGACGAGGAAACAUCCGCUGCGGAGGCCCAGGAACGAAGAGAUGCAGUCUGGGACUCCCGAAUCACCACCCUCACCAUUAUCCUAAACGUGGCACUCAUCAUCGCCAAGAGUGUUGUCGCGUACUUCUCAGGAUCACUCGCCAUUCUGGCAUCCGUCGUCGACAGUUUCAUGGACAUCACAUCUGGCGUGGUUGUGUGGUAUGCCUGCUAUAGAAUCGAAAAAAUCAACAAGGAACAUUACCCGGUGGGAAUGAGAAAGCUGGAACCGUUGACGGUAGUCAUUGUUGGAAUGAUUAUGCUUUUUGCGAACUUUAUUGUUCUGGAACGUGCAGUGGUUCAAACUGCAACGGAUGACCUGGACCCGCGUGUCAAUCUGACCACUCUCAUCGUACUUUGCACUGGAACCGCAAUCAAAUUCAUCCUUUUCCUGAUAUGCCGAGUCCGCAAGUCAAGCGCCUGUAUGGUGCUCGCUAUAGAUCAGGUUAUCAAAUGUGACCUGAUCGUGUUAAUAAAUAAAACAAUUUCAGCGCAAUGACUGCUUGACAAACAUUGUCGCUCUUCUUGGCGCCUGGAUUGGACAGAAUUGGUGGAAGUAUGCUGAUCCGAUUGGAGCACUUGCGGUCUCCGGCUUCAUCAUUAUCACUUGGUUUUUGACGAUCAGAGAACACAUUCCAUACUUGAUUGGGAGAAGAGCCAAUCAGGAAUUCAUCAACAGAGUGACCAACGUAAGACUAAACAUCUAAAAAAGACUAUAAAAGCAACAGCGCCCCGAACUGUUCUCGUUUCAUCAUCCCUGUCCACAUAUUUGUUUACAGAUUUCCAUCAACCACGACCAUCGCAUCAAGGCGUUGGACACUGUCCAUGUUUACCACUUUGGCGAGCGAUUCAUCGUCGAAGUGCACGCAGUGUUCGAGGAACCGGCAACACUCCAGAUGGCGCACGACGUGGCCGAGAGUCUGCAAGUGAAGCUGGAGAAGUUGCCCUACGUGGAGCGCGCUUUUGUACACUGCGACUAUCAACUGGACGGCGAUGAACACGUCUGA